UCCCUCCUUCUUGCUUCUGCUCCAUUGAACCUGCAAAAAACCCUCGUUGCUUAUCUAAACAAGAUAAUCGACACUACACAUAUAAGGGCAUACGUUUAAUAGGAAAUGGUGUUCGUAAUGUGGCAUAUCAGACCAAAACACGAAGUUGUUGAUGUAUCAACUGUAUAUGCUGGUGCACCCACAUGGUUUAGUAUUAAGCUUCAUCACGGUGGGAAAUUUACUAAAUUACCUGAUAUAAAGUACAUUGGAGGUGAAGUGCGUUAUGUUGAUUAUGUGGACAUUGAUGAGUUUUCUGUGCAUGAACUUGAUGCCAUAAUGCUUGACCUAGGUUACCCAGACCCACGGAAUUCUGACUUCGCUGAUGAAUCCCCAGUUAUAUACUACCAUUUUAGGAUACCCAAUGGUGACUUUCAAUUUGGUCUUAGAGCUUUAGGGAAUGAUCAGGAUGUGAUCAACCUUUCUAAAUAUAUUGCACAUAACAAGCUGAUUGAGGUGUACACAGAGCAUGGAAAGACAAAUUUAUUGACUUACUUCAUGUCACCAAAUGCAAAGGGUAAAGUUGUCAUUGAGGAAUUACCAGAAAAUGAUGAUCAAGGGGCUGAAGUUGAGGGUCAAGUUCAUGCAGAUUCUUCAAUGAAAAAUGUGAACCAUGGUAAUGGUGAGCCUAUUGGUGAGUUCAUGUCUCUGAUUCUUUUUGGGAGUAAGAAUGAUAGUUUCUCAUAA